CCGGCAAAACACCGACACACUCCCUUUCCCUGUAACCGGGCAAUAAACGCGGAACAGCGGCAGGAGCAGGAUUGACCUCCCCCGGUGCACACCAUCCAUGGUCCUCCCCUGGAUGUCUGUCUGACAGGAGGGUUGGUGUUACUUUGCUGAAGAGAUCGAGGCAGGCCCUUAGUCGGAGGUGAAGAGCAAGAUAGGAGUCCCUCCCAGACAGCAGGGGGCAACAGCAGGCAUGCAGGACUCAGCCUCGGACAGCAAAAUGGCCAAACAGGAACAGAACUCCAAGUAUCUGGAUGAACACAGAGAGACAGAUGACAUGUCAGAGAAGACGUCCCCAAACAGGAACCUCAAAUCUCCCCAGAAAGGCUCCAAACGACUUAAAACCGUCCCCUUCAAAAUGACCCUGCUGGACACCUCCGAGUUCGAAGGCGAAAUUGAGCAGAAACAUUCCAAAGGACAGACCCUGAUGGACAUGGUGUGUGAGCACCUCAACUUGUUGGAGAAGGACUACUUUGGUCUGACCUUUGCCGACACAGACACCCAGAAGAACUGGUUGGACCCCUCAAAGGAGAUCAAGAAGCAGAUGCGCAGUGAGUCUUUUCCAAACUCUCCGUGGCACUUUGCCUUCUCUGUUAAGUUCUACCCUCCAGAUCCCUCCCAGCUCACUGAGGAUAUUACCAGAUACUACCUGUGUCUGCAGCUGAGGGAUGACAUGCUGUCAGGUCGACUGCCAUGCUCGUUCGUCACUCACGCCCUCCUGGGCUCCUACAGUGUUCAAGCCGAGCUGGGGGACUACGACCAGGACGACCACGGCUCCGACUACGUCAGCGAUUUCCGCUUUGCCCCCAAUCAGACUCGAGAGCUGGAGGAGAGGGUCAUGGAGCUCCAUCGAAACUACAAGGGGAUGACUCCAGCAGACGCUGAAAUUAACUUCUUGGAGAACGCAAAGAAACUGUCAAUGUACGGGGUGGACCUCCAUCACGCUAAGGAUUCUGAAGGGAUUGACAUAAUGUUGGGUGUCUGUGCCAACGGCCUGCUGAUUUACCGUGAUAGGCUGAGGAUCAACCGCUUCGCCUGGCCAAAGAUCCUGAAGAUCUCCUACAAGAGGAGCAACUUCUACAUUAAGAUAAGACCUGGAGAGUACGAGCAGUUUGAAAGUACAAUCGGUUUUAAGCUUCCGAACCACAGAGCUGCCAAGAGGCUGUGGAAGGUCUGCAUCGAGCAUCACACCUUCUUCAGGCUGGUGUCUCCAGAGCCUCCUCCUAAGGGCUUCUUGGUGAUGGGUUCAAAGUUCCGAUACAGUGGAAGGACACAGGCUCAAACCAGACAGGCCAGUGCUCUCAUAGACCGGCCGGCUCCGCACUUUGACCGUUCCACCAGCAAGAGGUACCUGCUGUCCCGGAGCCUGGACGGAGCAGAGUUCUCAAGGCCGAUUUCAGCCAUGUGUGAGAACCACGAUGGCCUCACCCACCGCAGCGUCAGUGAACAGCGUCGCCUCAACAGACCCUCUAUGGACGAGCAGGAGACCGAGCUUGAGCCAAGUCUGGAGCAGGACGAGGACGACAAGGACCAAGAGCUGGAGGACAAGACAGAGGAAGAAUAUGACGGCGAUGUCACUCCAAGCAGAAAGAAAGAGAUCAUGGAGGAGGCUGGGUCACCAGUUGACAGUAAACAGGAGUUUUUGGAUAAGUCGAAGGACGUCUUGCUGAAGCACCAGGCCAGCAUCAACGAGCUGAAGAGAGCCUUGAAGGAGCCCAACAGCAAGCUGUCGUACCGCGAGAAACAUCUGUCAGCCACCUCCCCAACUGGCACGCCGGAGAAGAAGGCUUCGGUGGGCAGAGCAGUGGGGAAGGACCCUGUCAACAGUCUGUCUGUUGAGGGUUUCGUCCAGAAGACAGUGGUGACUUCCCCUGAGGGCUCUGAGGAGUGGGUAUUGAUUGAAAAACAAGAAACUUAUCAACAGGACCAUGACUGGAAGGCAGAAGAAAAGAUCAAAUCUCUCACAUCGGAUUCCUCAUGGGAGACAGAGGAGGUGGAAAAAGAGAUAGACCUUACCAAGAUGAUACAUAAAGAGGUAACAGGGUAUGACAGAAAAGAAAUGAAAAGCCAUAUUGAUGAAUUUCCAUCAACAAAAUCAUCCAGAGAGGCAGACGAGUGCUCUGAGUCCCGGCCGACUAAUAAAAGCCGUUUUGUGAUUCAAUUAUCUGAGAAUGCAGACUUGUUGCCAGACAAAUCUCAAAGUAAACCAUCUCAAGCCUCAGACCCCGAGGCAAACAAUGAUGUGGCCCCGGGCUCGCUGAAGAUAAAGGAGUGUUCAACGUCUAAACCAAGGAAAAAGAGGAGACCCCAGAGCUUAAACCUGGGAAUGCCUCCCGAGCUCAUCUACGGGAAAGAAAGCAGUGAUUCUACUGAAGAAGGAAAUGAGGGCUCGGAAUCAGACAUCAGUCCAGAACAAACCUCGAAAACAGGAAAUCCUUGUGAAUUAUUGCCGGUGGAGACGAUGAAAGAUGAUCAGGAAUCAAGAAAGGAUCAGACUGUCAGGGUCUAUACAGACAACCAAGAGGAUAUAUCAAUAGAGAGCGAAUGCAGACAGGUCUCCACUCAAGAAGCAGAGCAGGUGAAGAGAAAAGUGAGUCAGGUUGGGCCGGCCGAUAUCGAUUUAGGCUCAGUGAAUGGACCCGGGAAGACAGAGCAGGAUAGUUCGUUAGCAGGUGUUAAAGGGGAGUGUGUGACGAAGGUGCGAGGGCGGGGCCUUAUUGACAACAAAGAGCUAGCUGAGGUUAAGCUGCGACAGGUCAGGACGCAUGAGAGGAAGAUCAGUAGUUCCGGGGGAGAGGAUAUUGAGGGCCUCAUGGGAGACAGAGGUCAGAGGACGUCUCUCCACCGACUGUCUGGCAGCAGCUGCCAGUCGGAAAUCUCCAGGAUUGUUCCUCUCAAGCCAGAGCGGUCAAAGAGUGUAGCAUGUAAGGACGAGAGGGACAGGGACGAGCCCACACGGCUCAUGAGAAGAGAAUACCGCUGGUCGGUGGGCUCUCCGGAGGGAUCCUUAGACCUUGCCUGGACUGACUCCGCCGCCUUCCAUCCAGCAUUCGCAGCAGAUCUGGAGGGCAUCGCUAAAGCAGAACAUCCUGAUGAGAGCUUUCAGUCUGGUAGAGGACCGACAGAGAGUCAUUCGUUCAGCUCAAAGAUUUCAGCGCUUCCCAAAAUGGCUCCCCCAGCCCCACCAGUGAAAACACAGAAGGCUCGGGAGUCUGGACUCAUACUGCGGAACAGCCGAAACGCCGGCAGGGAGCCAAGCCUGGACGCAGCCAAGAAGAGACACUCGGAGCCUGUCUCUACUCCUGCCAUAUAUGAAGAGCCGUUUGCUGAUUUCAAGAAGGAAUUCGGGGACAGGAGGCCUCUGCCGAGGUUAGCCUCAGAGGAGGAGCAGGACCGGGACACGGUGGCCUGCAUGAGGGAAAGCCACCUGGGCAUCGAGCGCAAGUGCUCCAGCAUGACGGUCAGCUCCACGUCCAGCCUGGAGGCCGAGGUCGACUUCACCGUCAUCAUGGACCUCCACUCUGGCGCGGAGGACUUCUCCAAAGGCAUGUCGGAUGUGGGAGAGAGGGAGCGACAGCCCGAGGUGGGCCGGGAGGACUUUGAGGAGACCUCCAGGUUCUACUCUGCCCGUCUAAUGGGCUCCCGGGACAAGUCUCCCAUUGAGGAGGGAACUCAUCACGAGCCUCCCGUUGCAAAGAAAGAAGCCAGUGCUGUGAGCACGGCCCAUAUGAUGAAGAGGGCUGACAGCAAGACGGAGACGCACACGAAUGGCUCAGAGAUCCACGGCAACAUCAUAAAUGUCUCACCACAGAGCUAUGGAGUCAUCAGCCCGCGGGAGGCUCCUGCUGCGCUUAAAGAAAAUGGCUCCCCUGUGAAAGCUGGAACUCCAGGGAGGGAGUCUGUUGUGUCCCCGCUGACCAUCACUGCUGAGAGCGUAACCUCAGCAACUACAACUCAAGUUACCAAGACUGUAAAAGGAGGCUACUCAGAGACCAGAAUCGAGAAAAGGAUUAUAAUCACAGGAGAUGAUGAUGUGGACCAGCAUCAGGCCCUCGCUAUGGCCAUCCAAGAGGCCAAGCAGCAGCACCCUGACAUGCUGGUGACAAAAGCAGUGGUUAUCAGGGAAACAGAGUCUCCUACUGAGGAGAUGCAGCAGCAAGCAGAGUCCUGAUCGGCCAUGGUGGCUCCUGAGACGGGGACAGGGGAGAAUCCUCCAGCCGCGCGUCCCCUGGCCCGCACCGCAGAUCGCCACCAGAUACGAGGACUCUCUACCCCGCCUGUGUAAACACCAACACAAGAAUAGACUGCGUUCCACGAAGCAGGAGACCUCCCCUCCUGUCCCUUUAUACAAACCAACUGUGACUCGGCUUCUGACCCAACCCGGCCUCCCGCCUAUCGCAGCCCUCCGCCUCUUUAUGGAACAGGAAACGUCUGAUAUCGGAUGACUUACCACUUGGUUUAUUUAAGUGGAGUGAUGCAAGAUUGAAAGUGAAACACGGUCACAGCUAUUUGACUUCAGCUCAUUUGUCUGAAACUUAAAUUGCAUAUUAUUAAUUCUAUUACAUUUUGACUUCUUUGUACCCUGAGGGUAAUUUGAAUCAAUGGGUUUUCAACCCCCUCCCCCCCCAGUCCCCUCACAAAUGGCUUCACUUCAGUUGUCAGGAAUGCAUAUGACGUAAGAGCAGAGGAGGGUUGAGUGAGAGGAUGGGGACAAUGCUGGUGGUGGUGUGUGGCCGGGAGGUUGGUGCCAAGUGGCAAGAGGCAGCCUUUUGCUCGACGUUGCCACCUCCUGGCCGUGACAUCUUCAGUAUAAUCAACUGCUGUCUUAUUAGCUUUUUACAUUUUUAUCUAUAGAGGAUCUAAUUUAUGUCCAGUGUUUGCUUGUUUAUGAAAUAUGUAUAAUAUCAGAUGAUUAUAAUCUGCAUGAUUCAAUAAAAAAAAAUAGCAGAGGGAAUGAAAAAAAUACACGGACCACGUGUCCACUUUUGAAAUCCACAAGAAGCUCUGAGAUGAUGGGACUGAGCACUGACAAAGAAACUGUAAGGAUCAGUUAGUGGACACAUAGUGAUGAUGAUGGAGUCCACUGAAGAAGGACAGCUGUGUAACGCUUCAGUGGACAGCUGGGACAUACAAACAUCACCGUCCUCGUCACAUUCGCUGUUACCGUUUUCAUUUUGACGUCAACUCGCUAUCUACAUAAAGAAAUGCUGGUCACGCGUUUUGGGCACAGUGAUAGGAUUUUUAGAGAUAUUUUAAUAUAAAUAAUGUUUUAUCUAAUAUGUUUCAGAAAUGUGCUGAUAUGUCUUAAUUUGAUGUUACUGACUUCCAUCAUGAAACAGAGUUUGUAUGUUAUUCUUGUGUUUUUGGACGUUUUCAUGUGUGAACAUGCUGAAACAUACGGAAGACAUUUAGAACCAGGCAUAUGAGAGGAGGAAGAUUAUUUUUAUUUUGCAUUUCAAGAAUAAAGUCAAAUGUGGAGAACAAAUGUUCAGGAUUAGUCCAGAACAUAACAAAACAUUAAUCAGAGGAUGAAGUUUUUUAGUUUUUUUUUUACAUUUUGAGAAUAAAGUCGAAAAAUAAAUUUAACAUUUCCAGAUUAUAGUAGAAUUUUGAGAAUAUAUCAAACUACUAGCAUUGGAACAUAAACUGAAGGUUAAAAACGUUUCUCGAAAUUUUGUUCGACUUUAUUCUCGAAAUGCAAAAAAACUAAAAACAUACUCUUCUCUUUGUUCCCCCUUAAGUCUGGCCCUCAUCCUCUUCCGUAGAACCUCUUUCUGAAAGAUCUUCAUUUUCUUUUGUACUGUCACUUUGCUCGAAGUUACGUUUCACUGGAUAUUUAAUCGGCGAGAUGUCACCCAAAACUUGAAAAAGCAGUUUGCCAAAAUUGUGACGUUGUGAUGCAAUUAAGAGAAAUGCAUUGAAUUGGAGAAACAGCCAUUUGUUUUCCCUGUAACAUCUGGCUGUCUGGCUGUCUGUCUGGCUGUCUGUCUGGCUGUCUGUCUGGCUGUCUGUCUGGCUGUCUGGCUUUCUGUCUGGCUGUAUGAUGGCUUUAAAUAGCAACUAAACAGCAACAAGAUAGAACUUCCGUUUUUGAGUCUUAUGCACAUGUUCACAAACACUGAAACGUUAAAAACCACAAGAUAAACAUGGGUACUUCUUUGUUUUCUGUUGGAUUAACACAUUUUAAGUCUCGGUGUAUGAGUUUGUAAUUGUAUUUAUAGGAGUGGUGAAUGUGAGGCCUGUGCUUUUUCCUCCCUGUUCCCUUCGACGGACAAAGCCGAGAUUCAUAGUGUGACGUACACGAAGCGCCGUCUAUCCACAGACCCCAUUGGCUUUCAUACAACGUAUAUCCUGGAUGACCUUUAAUAAUAUACUAUGCAUCACUUAUCACGCAUAAAAACCCCUCUGAUAGGAGCCUGACCUAUGUUAGCCGUGUUGCCGUCAUUGUUACCUUCAUGCUACUGUCAACUGAAAGCAGUGAAGCGCACUGCUUGUGAGAUUUUGCAAUAAGCAACCAUUAUUCUCAUGCUCUGUCCUCUAAAGGGAGAAAACUGUGAGCCCUCAUGUGUACCCAAGCGUAACCAAAACCUAUAACGCGGAGUUUGUGAUAUUAAAAAGGAGCUUCUCCAACACCUGCGACCAUGGCUUUAUCGCCCCUGUCGUCUAAACCUCCCACCCCCCCCUGACCUGAAGCUGUCGCCAUGCUGUUGAUCUGUCUGAGGAAAUGAGAUUCCCAAACUAGUUAUUUGUAUAAUCUAUUUUGCUGUUAUAUUUUUUUCGGGUCAUAUGACACUGGACUGUUGUGAAGGCGCUUGUUUGCAAUGACAGCAGCGCUAUUUUUUUUUUUUGGGUACUUUUAAUGUAAGUAAGCUGCCAGAGUGUAUAAAAACACAUCAAAAUAAACUUAAAGAGCUGGUUUAUUAAGUAAAAACGUGCCAGGGGGGAGAACCCCCCCCCAGUCCCGGGCUGAACCGUGACUUCAAAUCUGAGAAAAACCCACAUUUACAAAUGGAAGGCAGUUGCAGCUAAAUGGAUUAUUAAAUGCAGGUGAAAUAUCAGAUCUAUUUGUAAUAUAGGCCCAGUCCUUGUGCUGAGUUAAUUUAGUAAUAAAUCAGUUCAUUUAAAAAUAUCAAAUUUCAAAGAAAGAUGUGUCUGUUACAACACAUAAUGUAAUAAUUGGACAAAGUGUAAUGAUUGUUCACUUCAUUAUGUAACAACACCUGCAAUUUGUAAUAAUCUGCCACAUUUUGUAAUAAACAUCUUGAAAUCGAGAUGUAAUACAUUUCCCCGUGUUAUCAAAUUAGAAUGCUUAAAAUAAACAUUGUUGCUAUAUUGUUAUAAUCAUUUGUAUUAAAUGAAGAUAUGCAUUUUGGUUGGUUAUUACAUAAUGCAUGUAUUAUUACAUUAUCAGAAAAAUGUGCAACUCCUGCAUUUUAUAAUAACCACUAAUACGUAAUAAUUCAUUACAAAGUGCUGGUGUGAUUAUGUAAUGAAGUAAAAAUUAAUUACAUUUUGUGUAGUUAUUACAUAAUGGGGUGUAAUUACACAAUGUGUUGUUACAGGGCUUUUUAACGUUAAAUCAGUUUUAAAUAUUAAUAUUUGUUAUUUUUUUAACUGGCCCCUGGCCUUCUGUUGAGUAUCCCUGCUGUGAACUGUCCUUGCUGUAGUAUUGGACUGAAGGAAGAGAAAUGACUGCAGGCUUCAGGAGAGGCGUUGUGUGCUGUGGGCCAGGUGGUGAGUUGAAGGAUGGAGGGCCUGUAUUUAUAUAUAAAUAUCCAUACUUCUGUGUAGAAUCCUGUAAACUGUGUAGAAAUUGACAGGAGCAAGGAUGUGAUUUUAGGUUCAAGAGAUGAGGCAGUAAGUAUCAUCCCACUGCACUAAACGUGUCACAUGAUUGGGUGCCUUAUGUUUGGAGUCGUGGUGAUGGGAGCAGGAGUUAUCAUUGUUCUGCUCAAAGUGCAGUUAAUCACCACGAUGUAGAAACGACCUCUCCUCUCAGUCCAAGGUAAAGUCUUGAAAGUGAAUUACUGUCUAGUAAAAAUAAUGUGACAUUGGGCGUAGAGACGAAGAAGUCUCUCUGAAUCUGGACUGUUAAGUCCUCAGCGAGAUGAAAACAUUUAUUGGCCCCAUUAGAAAACCAGUGUAGUUCAGAUUAUGGCUUUUUGGUUUUCUCCACGAAGAGCAUCAAACUGCUCCACUGUUUAGCCUCCAUCUACAAUUCUCCACUGCCUUUUGCUCUACAUUCCCCUAGUGCUUGGUGGUGUGUAUUUGCUGUAUUUGCAUUCAGUCUAAAUGGAAAACAUACAUGCAUAAAUAAAUGUCUCAGUAUGAUUCAAA